CUCAGAUCUGGCAAAUAGGCUAUCAAGGAGAUUUCUCGCCGAUUGAAAGUGUCAUAGAGAAUGUGAAUGUUGAACGAGUAUGUCAAAGUCGGAUCUUGACUCGAGAUUGUUAGCCAAGGGUAUCACCCUGUCUCGGAAGCACGUCUAUCCGAUAGUCCGGAAGUCGUCCUAAUAGCCUUUCGAGUCUCCUCUCUCUCGGCAGGCCGAAUAACGAAUCUCGGCUCGUAGAAGGUCACCUGCUAUUCAUAGACUUUAGAGUAUGUUCAGUAUCAUAUAACAUCGUCCUUUCCACCUUCCCUUUGACCAAGUCAUAAGAGCCACAAUGUCGUCGCCGGGAUCGAAGUUCUCCCCAUUCAACGUGUUUGACGAUAUUGUAUACAAAACGGUGGACAAUGCAGCCAUCAAAGCUGCAGUACUCGUGCCCAAGUCUCUCAAGCCAGGAGUCAAGGCACCCUGUAUUGUCCACUGGCAUGGCGGAGGCUUCAUGACCGGCAACAGGUUGUUCGAGCCGUGGUUUGCAUUGUGGUUCAUGCAGUGGGCCGAGUCAAUGGGUGCUGUAGUGGUCAGCCCCGACCAUCGCCUUCUUCCCGAAAGCUCAAGUGAGGAUAUGGCCGAAGACGUUAUCGACUUCUGGAACUGGGUGCACACGAAUCUGUCCACAGAGGUAUCCAAAGCAACUUCCGGAACAGUGGAGAUUGAUCUGAGCGAGAUCGUAGUCGGAGGCGAGAGCGCAGGUGGUUUUCUAUCAGUGUUGUCUGCUCUUACUUGUCCAGACGCUGGCAUCAAAGCUGUGAUAUGCCAAUACGGACCUCUGGAUUACCAUGUGCCGUGGUUUAUGCAGCCCAACCACCACCGGACCAUCAUGGGACAACCGCCAGCAGAGCCAGGAAAGCCAGAGGCACAAGUUCAGGAAUAUCUGGCCAAACAUGUCAACGUCGAUCAAGUCGUGGUUCGAACCGAAAGCCGUGUAGAGGAGCUGUGGCCUCUUUGUGUUGCAUAUAUGUACACAGGCGGUCUCGCAGAAGCACUUGGGCAAUAUGAUCAGGUCAUGCCCAUGAAGCUGAUUGAGACAGUGAAGUCGAUGCCACCAACCUGGUUCAUCCACGGGAACGAAGAUUCAGUCGUCAAUCCAGAUUGUACUAUGAACUUUGUCAACAAGGUCAGGAAAACGUUGCCUGAGACGCCUAUGCAUAUAAGCUUGCAACCGGGUGAGCAUGGGUUUGAUGGCGAAGUCGGUCUUGACGAAAAAUGGGUGCAAGAGGGCUUGUCGUUUGUGUUGCAAUACUGGCCUCGCGAGUCGUGA